GCAGGUGCAAGCAUCACCACACUACGAGAGCAAAAGAUAUUUGAUUGUGUGUUUUGUGAACAACAGAGGAGCAACAAUGAUGAUCUCAGUCCUCUUCACUUUGCUCUUUUUUCAGGUGACACAAGAUUAUGUGAGCUGUGUUAAUAUGAAGAUACCCAUUGAUUUUGUGACUGUAGCGUUAGGGGAAUCUCUUACAUUAAACUGCACCUACAAUUGCUCCGCUGGAUUUGUUCGUGGCUGUUGGAGUAAAUCAUCAGACAACUCUGGCUGUCAUGGGAGAAUCAACUCUUGCACAACGUCUCUUCAUCUAUUAAAUGUGUCCACUGAAGAUCUCACGACAAACUACACUUGCUACACACAACACACAGAUGACACUCAACUUCCACAAAAAAUAGAGCGUAUAGUUUUACUGAAACUUCAAGUUCAAACAAGUGCCCCAAACUGUACAAUUAACCCUAAGACUGAAACCAAAAAUGCAUCUCCUUCUCCUAAGCCAAAAGAUUCAAGUGGAGGAGAAUUCACUGGAAUUAAGGUUUUAGCAACUGUUACGCUUGCUGUGGCCAUUGUGCUUGCGGCAUUGGCCGUUUACCUAUGUCUGAACCGGAGCAGACAGAGCUGGAAUUGUAAAGGAGAGCCUGUUGUGUCUAGGUCAGGCUCACCACCACCUCUGCAAGCUGUCCUCUCACCAGUAAAGGGGUCAUUGUCCACACAAAGCGAAAGAGUGAUUUUGAGGAUUCCUACACCAGAUAAUGAGAGUGACACUGAGGUUCCGUAUGCCGAUAUAAUGAUCACUGUCCGAGGGGUCAGCACACCAGAGCUCACUCAGCUCAGCUACUUGGCUCCUGGAGAUCAAAAAGAGUGGUGGGGAGAUGAAUCAAGGUCUCACCUGCAGGCCUCACGUUCAGCUGACAGACUGCAUGUCCCCCACCCCAGAGAGGUCAACCGCAAGAUGAGCACCAACUCUGAGUAUGCAGUCAUCACAUAUGCCUGACUGAGGUCGUUGCAGCUGGAAAAGGAGAGGGAGAAGAAAAAUACACAUUUGUUUUUGUUAAACAUGCUAAUACACGUCCCCGUUUUGUUUGUUUUUUUUGCUGGUUUAUAUGUACCUUUUACAUUGUUUUGUUACGUGCGCUAUGUUUAUAAUGUACCCGAUUUUAUAUUCAAUAAAAUCCUGUGAGUUUUGUGA